AUGACAGACGAGCCUUGGUUAAAGUUAGGACAGCUUCAACCGAAUAUGCAAUCUAUAAAUACCAUGGUGAUCAUUUUAGAGCCAGGUAAAUAGAUAAUAGUCUCAUUUGAGCCAUGGGAAACAUUUUAGGGCAAAUAAGGAGAACAAAUACGGGAACUAUACUGGUUAUGCGAGUAGCGGACUCAACGGGUUCCAUCAACUUGACGUUGAUAAAUCCUGAAUUCAAUGAAACUUGGCGUUCAGGCGAUAUUCUUCGAAUAAAAUCUGCAUACGCAAAUCUCUAUCAGGUUUGUGUUGAGAUUCGCAAUUUUAAAAAAAAUUAUAUUCUCACAGGGUGGUCUCACGCUGACUUGUGGAAGAAAUAGUGAAUGCAUCAAAGCAGGCGAAUUUUUCAUGGCUUUCAUAGAAACACCUUUCAUCAGUGAGCAAGCGUGGCCUAAUGCAGCCGAGAAGCCGCGACCGUCCUUUGCCGAAGGAGAUGUUCGUUUCUGGAAAUUUCUGACGGAGUUUCAUCAUAAGAGCUUCCAGGGAAACGACAGAAGACCUUCAAUGCAUAGCCAGAACCGCAAGCCUCCAGGACCUCCUAAUGCACCAGGCCAUCGGCCAGGAAAUUUCAACGCUGGUCGUGGAAGAUACACAAAUGCUCAAUGA